AUGGGAUCAAUCAGGUACAUCGUAAACAUCCCCAAAAAAACAUACACAGGAAUAAAAAAGAGUGUGAGGUAUGUAGCCAGGAAGACCUCAAAGACAGUCAAAAAAAUAGUGAAAAAAAGAAAGCCCACUAAAAAAUCAGCAGAAUGUGCAUCUGAUGAGCCAGAAUCUUUCAAAAUACAGAACACCAAGGAAGAAAAGAACAUUCCACAGAACAUCAGUAGCUUAGGAGAGGUGAGCGCAGUGAAUGCAUCGCAGAGUGAAGCACUACAAGCCAAUGAAACUACCGAAGUAUCAGAUAUAGUGCCAGCAGAGACCGAACAAGUUAGAGCUGCAGAGCAGUCAGGAGAGCUAGUGGAUGCAGCCCAGCCAGAAGAACCAGCAGUCAAGGCAGUAGAUGCAACUCAUUCUGAAAGUGUAGACGAAAUUCGCAUAGAAGCAGAAAUAGCAGAAGGCUCAGAACAACAAACAAUGGAAAAACAUCCAAAUGGAGCACAAGUCCAAAUACAGCAAGAAACAGUUCGAGUUUUUGUUCCAAGGAAAAGCGAUAUCUGCAUUUUACUGAAGAGCGUAAGGCGAGCAAUAAGACACGCCAAUCCAAGAACUCUGGACGUCUUUGCUCCCAUUGUUCUCCUGUUUACAAUAAAAAGCAACAACAUAGAAAUGUCGGAGCACAUGAAAAUGGCAGAACAAAACUACCACAAGGCAGUCAAUGCGGACAACAACAGUGCUACAAGGCAGAUAAACAGCACAAGAUCACACACACUGCUUAUGAGUGCAAUAGAAGCUGACGACUACAUAAAACUGUGGAUGAACAACUGGAUUGAGUUUGGGUGGUGCUAUGAUGCUCUGUGCAUGAGUGUGAUGGAGUCAAUGCCAAAAGAUGAUAAUGUAAUGAGAAAUAGGGCAGGCAUAAUGCUGUAUGCAGCCGUGCUAAACCAAAUAAGAGAACACACUAUAUCUGAGCUAAGGAGACUGGAUGACGACACAGAAGAAAUAGUUAUUACCAAGACUGUCAUUGUUGAUGCCAAGGUAAACAAUAAUGAUGAUGUUUCUAUUGGCACUGAUGAAGCACCAGUUGAUACUGAUGUAUUAGCUAAGAGUGAAGUGUUAGCUGAUGCUGUAGCUAAUGAAGUGUCUGAAGCAGUAGUUGAGACCAAAGUAGUAGCUAUUGAUGUGGUUGAGCUAAUCAAUACUGAAGUAGCAGCUGAAGAUAAGACAGUUAGUGAAGUAGCUGAGAUAGAAGUUGAUGCACCAAAUGAUAAUCCUAUUAGUACUGUAGUUUCUGAGGAAAUAGUUAUUGAUCUUAGUAAGGAUCUCGUCAAUAAUGAAGAAGUAUCUAAGAACGAAAUAGAUAAGAAUGAAUCAGAAAUAGUCCAUAGAUUAGCUAGAAGAGAGCGAAGAAGCUGCAUAGAGCCAGAAGAAAAAGCAGAAAAGGCUGAAGAACAGCCCGCAGAUAAAUUAGCAGAAAAAUCAGGAAAAAAAGCCUCAGAGCCUGCAGCAAUAGAUGCAUUUAACUUACCAGAGAUAUCAGCUGAUGAAAUAAUGCGCAGACAAAGAAGCAUGAAAAAAGAAGGAAAAGAACAGAAACAGCCCAGCACAGGGACCUCAAAAAAGCUGCAGAGAUACGCUGCAAAGAAAUUAAGAAAUAGAAACAGAAACAGAAAUUAA